AGCUCACCUUACCCACAUUUUGCUUGACUGGCCGAGCGGGAAAACUCAAAAUGUGCAAAACCGAGAGGCAGAAAGCAUUAGCUGCCUAUUUUGAUCCUGAAAAGAUGCGCAAGAAGAACAACAGGGCGCUCCAGAAGCUCCUGAAGAUCAAUGAGGAGCUCGAGAACGACUCCGACCGCAGGGCCCGUUUUCGCAAUCGGUUUAGACUGGAGAAAGAGGAGAAGGUGUUUUUCGAAGAAGCCGAAAAGCGACUUCUUAUGCUGAACUCGCAAUCUGACAUCUGGGCAGAUGAGGAAGAAAAACUGGAUAGUUUAUGCAAAAAGAGAGAUAUGCUUUUCGGAAUAUUGAAAGACACGAGCGAUCAACUCCUUGAGGAAUCCGUAAUGAAAUCAAUGAUCAGGGCGGCCAACCAACAGCAUGAAAGGCUGAAUUAUCUUCACAAAGUGUUAAAGAAAAAUAUCCGCACCUUGACAAAGCAGCUUGUGAAUCAAACUAAAGUGUUUGACGAGUACACAGAGAAAGGAGUGGAAACAAGGGAGAUGAUGAUGAUUCAAGACUGCUACUUUAAAGAGCUGAGGAAGAAACUGAGAGUGUUCAAUGUGUCCAGCGUGAAGAAAAAAGUUACGGCAGAAGAGGAACGUGUGAAGGAAGCAGUCGACAAGAAUCAUCGCCUGGAGGAAAUGAUCAAAACCUUGAAACAUCAAGCGAUUAAUGUGCCCAUCUUGAAAUAUCAGUUUCAGUGUGCAGUAGACGAGGAACGAAGGCUCAAAGACCUCAACAUCGAGUUAGACAAGGUGAUUCAGAUCUUGACACAGAAACUAGCCGAUCAAACUAGGUGGGAGACCACUUACCAGGACGUGGAAAGGAGGGUCAAUAAUAUUAAGGAAAUUAACCAUUAUCACCUGAAGAAGUUUGAGGAGUUGACGGGGAGAAACCUCAGUGUUGGGAGCGAAUCAAUGCUUUCCUUGUUCACACAAGACAGAAGUAAGAAACAAAACUUGGCCAAACGCUUGCAUACUUUCAAGUCUAAAAUUCAUAAUCUGCAGAAGGAAUAUAAAUCCUUUCAACCAGAAAUUGUGAUGUUUCUGGGGGACCUUACCCCUUAUUGUGCAGCCGAGAACUCAGAAACUCCUUCCAUUCCUCCGGCUGUGGCCUAUGCGUUAACAGGACAGACGUAUGAACACAGAAAACCAGAGAAGUUUUCCGAUGAGUCUUCAAGUGACAUUGACAAUGAAUUAAGUGACUCAACAGAUGACUCCAGUGACAUUUUCAGCCCGAAAAGCAGUCAUGCAGUUCGCAGGUUCACCAAGAUACUUGAGAAUAGAGCAUUUAUAAGUCAGGAAUCAGAGAAUGAGUCAACAAAGUCAAGAGGUACCGACUCUCCAACUGAAAGUUCAGAAACAGAGGACACGUCCGACUGCAAAGGAUCAAUGGAUGAAUCACCACUGUCUUCAUUUUCCAACGUAGGCCAAUGGUGGAAGGAAUGGUGGAGGUACUUUUUCUGAGUGAAGGAUGGAGGGACGGUAAAAGGUUUUCUCCGGGUGCUCUGGUUUAGCUGUUUAAAGAAAGAAGUGUUCAAAACUUGAUGAUUUAAUGGUGACACUCCUCAAGAAUCCACAUCAGCUAGUUCAAAGAUUUCCUUCCUGGAUAUCCCAGGAACAACAUCAGACAUCUCAGUCCAGAAAUGUGCAGUCCUUGGCACAUCCGAAAACGCUUCGGCUGUGCAGAACCCUCAAGCUCCCAGGCCUCUGGUAGAGGACCAGAGCUCAGAGGAUAAG